CUCCGAGGAAUCCUCAUUGACAAACACUUCACCACACAUUUUCGUUCGCCCUUGAUAAUGUUCCGGACCGCGUCGCGAAGCUUUGCCGCCUCGGCCUGGAGGAGGGCUGAGUCGCUCUCGCAGUUGGAAGCUUCGUAUCAAACCGGCAUCAACAUUUCCAAAGCGCAGGGCAUUGGGCAGCGGGGAUUCCUCGAUGCAAUCGGCAAAACCCCAUUGAUCCGCCUAAAACGCCUCUCCGAACAAACCGGCUGCAACGUCCUCGGCAAAGCCGAAUUCCAAAACCCCGGCGGCUCAGUCAAAGACCGCGCCGCCCUCUACGUCGUCGAAGCCGCCGAACGCGCGGGCCUCCUAAAACCAGGCGGUACCGUGAUCGAAGGCACAGCGGGAAACACAGGGAUAGGCCUCGCCCACGUCUGCCGCUCAAAGGGCUACAAACUCGUCAUAUACAUGCCCAAUACGCAAUCGCAGGGCAAGAUCGAUUUGCUGAGACUGUUGGGCGCCGAGGUGUAUCCGGUUCCUGCGGUGGCAUUUGAUAACGAGAUGAAUUAUAAUCAUCAGGCGAAGAGGCAUGCUGAGAGGUUGGAGAACGCGGUGUGGACGAACCAGUUUGAUAAUGUGGCGAAUCGGCAGGCGCAUAUCGAGACGACGGGCCCGGAGAUUUGGUAUCAGACGGAAGGGAAGGUGGAUGCAUUUACGUGUGCGACGGGGACAGGGGGGUCGUUGGCCGGUGUGACGAGGUAUUUGAAGGAGAAGAGUGGGGGGAGAGUUAAGAGUUUCCUGGCGGAUCCCCCCGGGUCGGUGCUGCAUUCUUAUAUCCAGAGUGGAGGGAAGCUUGCCGAGCGCGCUGGCGGGUCGAUCACUGAGGGGAUCGGGCAAGGCCGUAUCACGGAUAAUUUGAAGCCGGAUGUUGAGCUGUUGGAUGGCUCGUUGCACAUCAGCGACGAGAAGACGAUUGAGAUGGUGUAUAGGUGUUUGGAUGAGGAAGGGUUGUAUCUUGGAGCCAGUUCGUGCUUGAACGUUGUGGCAGCUAAAGAGGUGGCUGAGAAGCUGGGCAAAGGCAGCACCGUCGUCACGCUCCUCUGCGACGGAGCGUAUCGCUACGCCGACCGUCUGUUCUCCAAGAAGUGGCUCGAGGAGAAGAAGCUGCUCAGCUCGAUACCCCAGCAUCUCACCAAGUACAUUGUCCUACCUUGAUCACCUUCU